UUUCUAGGUGUCAAGAUUUCACUCACGGGGUAUUAAUUACCCUACCUAGAUCACUGUCAAUUGUUUUCACGCAAGUUUGGAUAGACAUAGACUAUCUUAACUUCACACCACGUAGGGCCUACGUGCGUGGUUUGUGGUUAUUUAUCAGUUUAAAAUCCGAGUGAUCUGAAAAUAGGGUCUGUCCGUACGAGUAUCCAGAAUAGCCUGGCAUUUGUUGGAAAAGUCAUAAAAGUUAAGUUGCCUCAUUUUCAGCCCUAGUUUUUUUGUUGGUUUUACUCUCUCUUAAUUAAUUAAUAUAGCAGUUUCGUCGCUUCUUUUGUUUGAAAAGUUUUUGUUGGUGUGGUUUGUGCUCGCGCAACUGUUCGUGAGUGCCUCCAGGCGUUCGGGCUCAUGAAUAAUUCAUUAGCGAAUGCUGACACAGGCGUCGGGAAAAGUUGAGUUUACAAACUUUGGGAAGGCAGUGCGAGUGGUAGUAGGUCUGUCGAGGAACGUCUCCGGCGUGUACAGGAAUUUUUCUUUUUUACGCUUUCUCAUGAAGAGAACACAUUUCGUGUUCUCUUGCUCGCUUGCUGGGAUUUAUUCUGAUGUAACUUUUUUGGAAAGUGGUAGGGUGGAUAGCCUAAGUUAGCUCCGCGUAGGCUACCAGAGUUUGGCCCAACAAGUGAACUACGCAAGAAAUUUAGGUCUGUCGAAGGAGGUAUUGUGGUUAUCUGAUAACUGAGUCCUUUAUUUAGAUUUUUAAUUUCCCUCCAACUUUAAAUCAAGCAAAAUGAGCAACAAUCCUCUGCAACCUAUGCCGGGGCACCAAGUUAUCCAUGUUGCAAAGGACCUUGACACGGACCUGGAAGCUCUUUUCAACUCGGUUAUGAACCCGAGACCCAGUUCUUGGAGGAAAAAAGUUUUACCCGAGUCCUUUUUCAAGGAACCUGACUCAGGAUCCCACUCUCGGCAGUCCAGUACCGACUCGGGAAGCCACCCACCCAGACUUACAGAGCAACAACAACAUGCACAUGCCCGGUCAAAAUCCUUACCAGCGUCUUUCCAGCUUGGAGUGGGGACCACCUCAACACCAAGCCCGGUACAUCAUUCACAUAUCCGGCACCAGUCUUUCGAUGUUGCCGAGGAGCUACCCUUGCCUCCAGGAUGGGAGAUGGCGUUCACAGCCAACGGCCAAAAAUAUUUUCUCAACCACUUGGAGAAGAUCACCACAUGGCUGGACCCUCGUAAGACCAUGACUGCAGCCAUGAACCAGAUGAGCCUCCAUGGAGGACCCACUCCGCAGCAGCAGCAGCAACAGCAGCAGCAACAGCAGCAGCAGCAACAACAACAGCAGCAGCAGCAGCAGCAACGCUCCAUGGCCUUAUCACAGCCCAAUCUUGGACAGCUGCCCGAGGGCUGGGAGCAGGCAGUGAACUCUCAGGGAGAAACCUACUUCAUUGACCACAAAACCCAGACCACGUCCUGGCUCGACCCGCGAUUGGAUGGCCCACGCCUCAUGAUGUCCCACCACCAGCACCAGCAGCAUCUUCAGCAUGCCCAGCAACAGCAGCAGCAGCAGCAGGUCCAGCAGGCCCAGGCCCAGACCAUGGGCUCGCCUAGCCCCAUGGCCCAGCAGCAGGCCUCCCCGGUGGGCAUGAUGGCCCUGGCCAACCCCAUGACCAACGCCCAGCAUCAGCAGAAGAUACGGCUGCAGAGGAUCCAGAUGGAGCGCGAGCGCAUCCAGAGGAGGCAGGACGAGCUGAUGAGACAGGAGGCGGCGCUGUGUAGACAGCUUCCCAUGGAUUCGGACAACAUGGCCGCCGUGCCCAACGCUGUCAACGUCAAUGUCAACCCCGCGCCCAUGAACCCCGGCAACAUGCCCUCCAGCGGGCCCGGAACCAUGCCCACCAGCGGCUCAGACCCCUUCCUCAACAGUGGACCCUACCACUCCAGGGAGCAGAGCACGGACAGUGGGCUGGGCCUCAACUGCUACACCAACUGCCCCACCACCCCAGAGGACUUCCUCAGCAACAUGGAGGAAAUGGACACAGCAGGGGACAGUAUGGCGCAGGGCAACAUGAACGUGCUGCAGCAGAGCCGCUUCCCAGACUUCCUGGACAGCCUGCCGGCCACCAACGUGGACCUGGGCGGGCCCCUGGACGCUGACCUGAUGCCCAUGCUCGAUGUGGAGUCAGUCACCUGGCUCUAGAGACCAGCCCAGGCAGGAAGUUGGAGGCCCUCAUCCACACACACUAUUAUACAAACAAACAGACACUUUUUUUCUACCUUCCUUUCUACAAUUGUAAAACAUUUGUGAAUUUUCUUCUUCUCUAAAGGUUUUUAUUUUACGUCGAGUGUGUAUGUGUGUGUGUGCGCGUGUGUGUGUGUUUGUGUGUAAAGCAUCAUUGUCAUUAACUCAACGAUUUUAUUCUUCCUGCGCCUUCUUAGCUACUACCACUACUGACAGUGAAAUCCAUUGAGAAGUUGUGAAACUGAGUGCAAAUGAUAACCAAAGCAGUCUUUGAUCAAGCCAAGAGCAAAGCCGAACAAAACAAAAAACACAAGCGAGUCAUGGCUGAACAAGAAAGUGGAACAAAGUCAUUCUUUUCUGUAAGUUAGGACAGUGUUCAAUUUUAGCACCCUGUGUUUAGAGCAAGUGGGGAGAAAGCAAGACAUAGCAUUCCUGUUUCUGUGUAGGGGUGACACAGCUUGGUGGGUGUGGGUGUGGGUGUUCGGGGUGGCUUGUGGGACAGGAAGGGAGACUGAAUAGGCAGCCGCCUGUAGGUUAAGCCUUACCACGUAUUCGACUAUAGAUAUUCUGAACACUAGAUGUCGUGCUCAGCCCUUUUGACGUGGCUGAACCCUAAGUGCCGCCGGGAGUGGUCAACACGGUGUCUAGUGUUCACAUCCAUGGUAAUAAACAAACAGGGAGCAGGGACAUUACACAGCCAGUAGGUGGCACCACUGUAUACAUUGGCAACUGUCAUGGUGGUCUGCCACUAAUGCAGCACGCACCCGAAUUCAGCGCCAUCUGAUCAAAAACUCUGAGGUCUUUGAGGCGACCACACUUCCCUCGAGCAACAAUGCAGCAUUAUAAACAAACAAAGUAUUUUUUUUUCUGUGUGUGUUUUGGUCACACUUUAUUUUACAGUGGCCAACCUUCCUACUUUGUAGUGCUUGUGUGACUAGAUGAAAUACAGUACCACACCCUUUGGAGGCUCCAUGCUCACGCAUCCAAUCAGCAAGGCCAUUGUCACUGGUUUAAAGUUAGUGUGUAUGUGUAGCUGUUUAUUAUUAUCAUUGAACAAGUUGUAGUUAAAUGGCUAUGUACACAGUAUCCAUGCUGGCAAGAGUGCAAGAAAUAAGGAUUUUAAAAACCUUUCUGAAAGUGUUACCUUUUUUGCAUACUUCUGAGAGAAAAAUACCAAAUCAAAUGUUUUCUACUGUGUGCCAUGUUGCGAUAAAAGCUUUAAAAGGUAAAUUUGUAUUCAACUAAACUUCUAAAGAAGCAAUAUUUUAUCUCCGUAACUGUUUCUCAAAUUGAGUUAGCAUUUCUAUCACUAAAAGCUCCAUGUCUGCAAAAUGCAAUGUGUAGACAUAUGUUUUGUAUCAUGUACUUUUAUACUGCUUACAGUAUUCUUUUUUACAUACUGUAAAAAUAGCCUAGAUGAGUUUCUUGCAUCUGGUGCAUUUAUGACUUUUAAUAUAGAUUAAGCGUUUUUUUAGUAUUUAUCAAGAGCUAUGUUUCAUUAUUUUUUAGAGAGAGAGAAAGAGAUUUUAGUUGUUUUCUUUUUUUGUAACACUUUUUUUUUUUUAAUUCAAAGCACUACAAAUCAGCAAGGGAUUCAAGAUGUCUGAUGAUGAAGAAGUAAAGAUUGAAGUUAGAUCAUCUAGAUCAUCAUGUUUUAGUUCCUACCUUUUGUUCAGGCUGUGGUUGAAUGUGUGGCUUUGAUAAUACUUUAUAUAAGCAACAACUCGCCAUGAUCUAGAGAGCAUGUAUUGUAAUACCUGCAGGGACGAGACAAAAAGAAUAGUAUUUUGUAUCCUUGAGGUAAUUGUGUCCACAGUUUUAAACAGAACUGAUUGAUUAUUUUUGUUUCUUUUUUCUUUUCUUUUUUUUCAAACUGGAUAAUCAUAUUAAAAAAAAUCACACCGUGUCUUUGUCUCUCCCUCUGCAGAGAUGUUGAAUCCAGUUUGAGUUUUCUUUUCAACAUUUGUGUAUUUUGUUAUUUGUACUUGCAUGUUGAAUGAGUUUAUAUGCUAUUGUAGCCUUUGGUGGACUACUGCUCCACACUGUAUGGUGACUUAACUGUUGUGGGGGGGGGGGUUUACAUUAUGGUCAGAAUUAUCAGGGGGACAAGCAGAUAAACAUGUGUUGUACACGCCUGUACACACACGCACACACACACACAAACCAUCAACAACACAGUGACACACAGGGGACGGGGAAACUGAACAAAAAAGGGGGGGCGGCAUAGACCUGAGUCACUCAUACACACACACACACACACAGACAUUAACACACAAAUCCUCACGUAACCGAACCAAACAGCUCAUGACGUCCUUUGUGCAAAUGGGACUGAUUGGCUUGUUGCUGGGCCUGAGCUGGUGGUGGUGGUGGAUGGCUGAGGUGGCGUGGGGUCCUCUGGGAUGCCUGUUGGUGGGGGAGAGAGAGAGAGAAGACAGCCAGGGGAGAUGAUGACGCUCUGUUUUGGGGACUAUAGUAUGUUCCAGUGGAGGUGGGGGGUGGAGGUUUCAGAAGUGGGCCUACUGUCCCCGAUCCCCUCCAGAUACAUCAAGGUGGUGCGAUCUAUCUUGAGCAGGGCUGAGGCCGGAGAGGCUGUUGGAAAAGAGCUUUUCUUAACUUUUCUUAACACAAAAAGGCUGAACAAAAGGCUUUUUAAAAUGGCAUUGGUUUUUUUUGUUUCUUUUGUUAUAGUUAUAUUUGAAAAAUGUUAUUCCAAAACAAGCUCAUGCUAAGAAUGAUCACUGUGGGCAUUGCAGAGUAAUAUACGUAGCAGAGGCGAUGAAAAGAGGCUGUGGUCAGGGGAAGCUCGUUUGAGAGAGAAUAGAUCUAUUGCUGUACGUAUGGUAUGAGUAAAAUCUAUAUUAGCUAUACAGUUGUUGCAGUGGUGGAUGCCACUUAUAAGAGUGUUAACGGUGGCAGAUGUCAACAUAGUUUUUUUUAAACCAUGUUUGAAUUAUAUGCAUUUAUAAUGAGUGGAUUGCUUAGAUAAGAGGAAUAAUGUGUAGCAUUCACACAGUGCCAUCCUGUAGCACCACAUUUGGCUUCAAACACAUGGAGAGAGGGCUUUUAUUUUGAAAGAGGAGAGUAACAGGGUAUGUGGAUGUUGAAUGCUAGAGCUCUGCAAUCACACACACAGACACACACACACACACACACACACACACACACACACACACACACACACACACACACACACACACACAGAACAAAAACUAGACUGCAGUUUACUGUAUCCAGGAUAAGGCCGUGUGAAAUUUUUGAACAUGUCACCUCAUCGGAGGUCUUUGGAACUAAAAAUGUCUUGUAACUUGUUAAAAAAAAGUAAAAAUAAAAUGGUUCUUUACCACUUA